GGUUCCCUACAAAGCCACCACCACCCGUGACCAUCCACUCCCCUAGCUAGUGUUCCAUUCCACUUGCUCUGCUCAUAGUGCUCUUUGCUAUUCCAACGUGGACACCAGAACAGAGCCACAGUUUCCUCCCAAAGUGCUCUAUGUUCUUUGUUCUUUCUCAUCUCUCUCUAUUCUAAGUCUCAGCAUCAAUUUCACUCUUUACUUCGCUGUGAAGGAUGUGAGAAAUUGACAAUGCUUUAAAUUUGUGUUGGUGUUGGAAUCUUUACAGGAACUUCCUUUUUUCGUACAAGAUCAGGAAAAACAAAGCUAGCUGUUGACUGGAGAAGUUGGCUUAAAUUGUAUGGCAAAAGUUUGCUGGCCAUAUUUUGAUCCGGAGUAUGAGAACUUCAGCUAUAGAAUCAACCCUCCAAGGGUCUCUGUGGACAAUGAUAGUUGCCAUGAUUGUACAGUUAUCAAGAUUGAUAGUGUUAACAAACCUGGAAUUCUUCUGGAAGUCGUACAAAUCCUGACAGAUCUCGACUUCAUAAUUACCAAAGCUUACGUAUCUUCUGAUGGUGUAUGGUUUAUGGAUGUAUUUCAUGUCACGGAUCAGCAAGGAAAAAAGGUAACAGACAGCAAAACUAUUGAUGUCAUUGAAAAGGCUCUAGGACCAAAGGGAAAGAGCACAGAAGGUGUAAAAAGUUGGCCGGGCAAACGGGUUGCCGUGCACUCGGUUGGUGACCAUACAGCCGUUGAGCUCAUCGGUAGGGACCGCCCAGGUCUCUUGUCUGAGAUAUCCGCCGUCCUUGCCAGCCUUCAAUUUAAUGUGAUUGCUGCUGAAGUUUGGACUCAUAACAGGCGAAUAGCUUGUGUCCUUUAUGUCAAUGAUGCUACAAACCAAGCCAUUGAUGACCAGAAAAAGUUAUCUAUUAUGGAGGAGCAGCUCAACCACAUUCUACGCGUAUCUGAUGAGGAGGAGGAUGAAAAAGAGGCCAAGAACAAUUUCUACAUGGGCUCCACCCAUAUGGAUAGGAGACUCCAUCAAAUGUUGUUUGCUGAUAGGGACUAUGAAAGGGCUAGUGUAACAACAACAACACCGGAUGUUGAUUGUCCUCUCUCUUUCAGGCCGAAAAUCGAAAUUGAACGAUGCGGGGAAAAAGGUUACUCAGCUGUUAGUGUGAAAUGCAAAGAUAGGGCCAAGUUGAUGUUUGAUAUCGUUUGCACUCUCACUGACAUGCAAUAUGUUGUUUUCCAUGCUACAAUCUCGUCUGAAGGGCCUUAUGCAUCCCAGGAGUACUUCAUCCGGCACAUGGAUGGAUGCACACUUGAUACUGAAGGGGAGAAAGAAAGGGUCACCAAAUGCAUUGAAGCUGCUAUUCAAAGAAGAGUAAGCGAGUUAUGGCCGCAGUUGCGGUUGCAUUGUGAACCUUGAAAUUGAAGACAAAUGCGACCAUAAUUUGCGGAAACGGUGCAAUUUCAAGGACUCAGAAAAAUCUUGCGGCUGUAACUGUAGUUCGGAAUGGAAUUUCAAACCAUGGUUUCCCAACAAUGAUUAAUUUUCUAGACAUGAUUUCCCCCCAGCUCACAUGUCUUCUUCUCAAGUCACCGAUCUACUAUUCUUUUCUGUUCAAUUCCCUUCCCUCUUUCUUUCCGAGCAUUGAUUCUACAGCAGAAAGUCUUCUGAGUUUAACGGAGUUAUACAUUUUGCACCUGCAGCUAUCUACUUGUAUUGUUGCGAAUGGUACGGUAUACUUGGGGCUAUGAAUCGGUGACAGUGAUGCUCUUUUGUCUUCAAUAGAGCUUAAGAAUCCAUAAGCUCCACGUAAUAUCAUCUGCAUCCCUAUAACCUGAAAACUACAACAAAAAAAGAAAAGAAAAGAAAAGAGUUACCCUUAAGAAGGAAUAUUUAUGUUUAUCAUAUGCAAAUUCAUUGUUCAUGUGACAAUGUCACUAUCAGGCAGAUAUAUAUAUCCUGAACUAGCAUCUUCUGUCUAUUUGACAUUUAAUUUCUUCAUAUAAUUAAUUAACUAAUCUUCAAGAAAUGCAGAAGAUGAUACAUAGUGUUGUGUUACCAUUGAUCCUCUGGGUGAUGGACACAGGGUGUGAGCCUUGAGCUGUGUGCAAAGGACAGAGUUGGCUUGUUGUCUGAAGUAACUAGGAUUCUACGAGAGCAUGGCUUGACAGUGUGUAG